UCUUGAUGAUGGGGGGGAUAUGAAUGAAAAUGUGGAAGCUAACACAAAGAUUGUGAAGGAUCUCUUGUAUGACCUUUACAAAGUGUAUGAGGAAGAGGGAAGGGAAAGUGGUGUUAGUGAGGUUGUGGGUUCUCAAGUAUCAAGUGAGGGGACAUCUAGUUCAAGUAAGGGUCUAACGGAGUUAGAAAAGAGAUUGAAAGAGAAGGAGCAAAGGAGAAGAGCUAUGAAAGCCGGGAUCGUAAACAACGAUGUGGAUAGAUAUCUUGGAGAUUCUAUUGAAGGAGAUGGUGAAGGCUUUGAUUUGUUGAAUUGGUGGAGGGUAAAUGGAGUUUGUAAAUAUCCUAUAUUGGCCCGCAUUGCAAGGGAUGUUCUAGCCAUUCCGGUGUCAACCAUAGCUUCAGAAUCUUCCUUUAGCACGAGUGGGAGGAUUAUUGAUCCAUACCGUAGCUCCCUAAGUCCUAGAAUGGUGGAGGCUUUGAUAUGUACACAAAAUUGGCUUAGGAGUGAAAAUGUGUAUCUACAUCAUAUGCCUACUGUUGAGGAGAUGGAGUUGUGUGAAGAAGCGGAAAGAGAGAUGCUUAAGAUGCCAUGUGGAGCUGCAGUGGGGAGUAGUCGGAGCGGAAUGUUACCUCCGAAGUCGAAGAAGGCGUCUUUACGAGCUUGAGAUUAUACUAUUGCCC